UUGAAUUCUAGAAAAAGUCAAAGAUCUCUUCCUCCCGAAGGCUGGGGUUGAAGAUCAGACUGUUGGCAGUUGCUGCUGAGAUGCUGCAGGAGGAGAAGGAGCAGAGUGAAAGGGAGAAGGAGGUGGCUAUGGCAGAAAGACUUCCUCCUCUAAAUCUGUCUGGUCUUUCUUUGCAAGAACUGCAGGAUCUGUGCAAAGACUUGCACCACAAGAUUGAUGUUGUCGAUGAGGAGCGUUACGAUAUUGGCCUCAAGGUUUCCAAAAAUGACACUGAGAUGGACAACAUGAAACUGAAGAUCACUGAGAUGCAGAGUAAGUUCAAGAAACCAAACCUGAAGAGAGUGAAGAUUUCAGCUGAGGCCAUGCUGAGUGUGCUGCUGGGCUCCAAACACAAAGAGUCCUUUGACUUCAAGGCCAACCUCAAAACUGUCAAAAAGGAGGAUGAAAAGAAAGAGGAGGUGACUGACUGGCGUAAGAACGUGGAGGCCAUGUCUGGUAUGGAGGGCAGGAAGAAGCUGUUUGAUGCCUCUGGAAACUAAAGAAACAUUGUUUUGUUCAGAGAAUCGUCCUCUUAUGUUGAAUUCAUUACAUAACCUACUGUCAAAUCUAUAUCACAAUCUAUAUCACAUUGGUUUAUGAACACUACAGUUAAUUAACUACAUAGAGUUUGUAUUUGAGUUACUUGACUUUAUUAAAUAAACUUCAUUAUAGGCUGUUGCGUAUUGGUGACAAAGUAAUUACAGUGAUCAGCCUUGAGAUGGCAGCAUAAUUCUUUCAAACUUAUUUUCAGUGUCCUCAGUCUCAGUGGAGUUGACUGUGUCAACACAGGUCUGUGAGGAUUAUCCUUCAUAAAUUAACACCUAACAGUAUAUCAAUAAAUAAUUUUGUCCAAGUUUGUCAGAUAUAACAUUUUUUGGCAAUCAAAGAUAUACAGCUAAAUUAUUAUUUAAAUAGUGUAAUUGCAGUAUUUGUAGGAGUUCUAUUUAUAUGUGUCCUCUAUUAUAUGUGCAAGGCUGUAAACCAGCAAUGUUCUCAAUAAAACCUCAAUGAUCCUGCC